UCCAAUUAAUUCAUAAUUGUCAUCACCUGCAACGCUCCAAGAAAUGGGUCAUUGACGAAAACCCAACUACAAACCAAACUGCACGCACAUUCAGUUAUCUUUGGUCAAAACCAAAACUGAUUCUCGGGAGUUUAAAAGAAGAAAAGAUCAGCUGCGGUUCGAGAAAUCAAAAUCCAGUCCGAGUGUUCAUCGAUUGCCGCGGAAGAAGUGAACAAGAAAAGGAGAGGACCCAUUUUUCAGAGAAGCAUUUGAUCGAUCAGUUACAGGACAAAAGAUUGAAAAUUUGUGAUUUUUGGAAGGAUUGGGAGAGAGCCCACUCGUGUUUUUUGAUUGAGAAAAGUAUGGGCAGUAAGGAAGCGGCGGUGAAGUUAGACGACGAGCAGAUAGCCGACCUGCGAGAAAUUUUCCGGUCGUUCGACAGAAACAACGACGGCAGCCUGACGCAGCUCGAGCUGGGAUCCCUGCUGCGAUCGCUCGGGUUGAAGCCCAGCCCUGAUCAGCUGGAGGCGCUUAUUCAGAAGGCGGACACGAACAGUAAUGGGUUAGUGGAGUUCUCUGAGUUCGUGGCGCUGGUGGCGCCGGACCUCCUGCCGGCGAAGUCUCCGUACACAGAGGAACAGUUGAAGCACCUGUUCAGGAUGUUUGAUAGAGAUGGGAAUGGUUAUAUCACUGCGGCCGAGCUGGCCCAUUCCAUGGCUAAGCUCGGGCAUGCGCUGACGGCGGAGGAGCUGACCGGAAUGAUAAGGGAGGCGGACACUGACGGCGAUGGGAGGAUAAGUUUUCAGGAGUUUUCCCAGGCGAUUACUUCUGCUGCCUUUGAUAAUUCUUGGGCUUGAUUGAUUCGAAUUCGGUUUCGUUAGAUCUUGGGUGGUUAGGUUGUCUGCAUUUGCUGUUGGUUUAAGGACGUGUCUGAGUGCGACCAAACAACGCUCUGGAUGAAAAUGCUUGAAUUUAGUGAACGAGUUUAGCAGGCAAAAAUGCAACUUUGCUCCGAUGGGUAUUGGAGGAUGGCACUUUUGAUUUCUUUCAUAUUUAUAAUUGAGGCAAAUGCUAAAUUCAUCGAUAAUUAGAGCAUGUUUGACAGAUGACAUCUUUGAUUUGCCGACUAGUUUUGCUUGACGAAAAAAUUAAAAAGACACAAAAUUAACUAGAUUACGUGUAAGAUAUGUGAUAAUUUUUCAAUCAACUGAGCUUUUCCCAUUUUAUAGUUGCAUUUUUCCCAUUUUAGAGCGGUGUUGGUGGAUGUGAAAGAUGAUGUUUUGUAGUUACGUGCCGAUUCUGGCUGGAA